AUGCACGCUCUGCUCUCUACCUUCACCGGCCGUCCGAGACGCAGCGACGACUCAAGCAGCCAAGCAUCCUGCGCAGACCUCGUACCCAUGCGCAACCCCUCUCUCUCCACUCCCGGCCAGUCUGCGGCAUCCCAGCCGUCCACCAGUGGCACCCACAAUCAGCCACCGUCUGGCACACCUCCCCCGUUCAACCCCGCCGCACCCCCCAUUGCAUCGUCACCCAUCUCGCCACCGCCACCAGCCCACUACUCUCCGAUGCAGGCUCGCGAAGACGAGCUGACGGACUUUUUCGGCGGGAGACGGUUCCGGACGCCGCCCCGCUCGGCCGCGCCACCACCAUACGAGCCUCGGCUCUCCGACGAAGAAUCGGAGAAGCUCCCGAGCUACACCGAGUGCUGGUCACAGGAGCCAGCCACGGUCGCGCGCUAUCUGUUUUACUAUGGUUUCUUCUUCCCGCUCUUCUGGAUAAUAGGAAUCGUAUUCCUCUACUCGCCCCUGAGGGCGAGUCCAGAUUGGGAGUCUGGCAAGACGCAAGAAGAAAAAGACCAGAUCAUGAAGCAGAUGCGCGCCGAGGAGUCCAAGUGGGCUCGGCGGUGUCUCUACGCCUUCGCCGUGGAGGUUGCCAUCCUCGUGGUGGUCAUCAUUGCAGUCUGUGUUGUGAAGUUCCGGUGA